AUGUCGGAGGACAAAGACUUGUCCUACGGAGAGGCCAUCCAGGAGGCCAGCAACUCCAUCAUCCGCUUCCCUGUGAUCCCCGUCAAAGGAGUUCCUCUCAUGAAUUUGAUCGCCAACAACUUUGACGCCGUCUCAGCUUUCUGUCCGGACUCCUCCGACCUCCUUAUCGCCACCUACCCGAAAGCGGGGACGACAUGGACCCAGGAGAUAGUUGACCUGCUUCUUCACAACGGGGAUGCUGAGGCAUGCAGACGGGCGCCCACGCCAAUCCGAAGUCCGUUCCUGGAGAUUUGCAGCCCGCCACCCAUCCCUUCAGGUCUUGACCUCCUGAAAAAACAGGCUCCCCCAAGAAUAAUUAAGACACAUCUGCCGUUUCAGCUGGUUCCGACUGGCUUUUGGGAAAAAAAGUGCAAAGCUAUCUACAUAGCACGAAAUGCUAAGGACAACAUGGUGAGCUACUACUACUUUGAUCAGAUGAAUCUGACCCAACCUGAGCCUGGACCUUGGGAGGGCUACAUCCAUAAAUUCAUGCGUGGAGAGUUGUCAUGGGGCUCUUGGUACGAUCACGUGAAAGGUUACUGGGAAGAACGAGAAAAGAAAAACAUCCUUUACCUCUUCUAUGAAGACAUGAAAGAGAAUCCCAAACGUGAAGUGGAACGCAUCAUGAGGUACCUGGAUUUGUCCCUCUCUGAUGAUGUCAUCAGAAAGAUAGUUGAGCUGACAACCUUCAAAUCCAUGAAGGAGAACCCAAUGGCCAACUAUACAUUCAUUCCAAAGAUUGUUUUUGACCAAUCCAUCUCCAACUUCAUGAGAAAAGGAGAAGUUGGUGAUUGGAAAAAUCACUUCACGCCCGAGCAAUCAGCGGAAUUUGAUGAAGAUUACGAGAAGAAAAUGAAGCACGCUAACAUACCGUUCAGAACGGAGCUCUAA